GUCCGGUGGGUCGAGAAAUUUUUGGGCCAUCAACGAUUUCUCGGAGUGCACGCACUAACACUACCACCACCCCUUCGCCUCUCCCCCUUCCGCCCCCACCUCUCCUCCUCUUCCACCACCGCUUCUACAAUCCAUUCCUUGUCCGUUGUCCCUCUCCAUCCUCUGUCGUGUUGUGUUGCACCUCCACCGCGCCUCUUCCGCUCUCCCUUCGUUGGUAACAGACUCUCAACACCCCGCCAAGACCGCCGCUCAACGCUAUUCCAACGAGCCUCGACUCCUUCGCCUCGCCCCAUCUUGCGGAAUUACGUCCAACUGACAAUCGAGUCGACAAUUUCAAUACGCCACCUCCCCUCUCCCAAACCAUUGGCCCACCAUGAGCAGUUCCGCGCUCCCUGCAAGCAACGCCGAGCGUCGCCAGCUCAACCUCGACUCCAUCCCCUCCACCACCUCGAGCUCCAGCGCGGGCUCACCAACCGAUUCGCCCACCGGCUCCGCCUCAUCCACCUCCCUCUCCUCUUUGGGUUCGGUGGAGGAGUACAACAAGCCGCCGCAGCAGAAGCUCGUCGACUCAUACGGCAAUGAUUUCAAAAUCCCCGACUACACCAUCAAAGAGAUACGAGAUGCCAUUCCCAAGCACUGCUUUGAGCGAUCGGCUUUGACAGGCUUCUCCUACGUCGUGAGAGACAUUGCCUGUCUGGCCACCGUCUUUUACCUCUGCAACACCUACAUUACCCCGGAGUACAUCCCCUCCACUCCCGUUCGCGCCCUGCUAUGGGCCGGGUACACCUUUGCCCAAGGCCUGUUCGGCACCGGUCUGUGGGUGAUUGCACACGAGUGCGGCCAUCAGUCCUUCUCGCCCAGCAAGACGCUCAACGAUACCGUCGGCUGGUUCCUGCACUCCGCCCUGCUCGUCCCUUACUUCAGCUGGAAGAUCAGCCACGGCAAGCACCACAAGGCCACGGGCCACAUGGAGCGCGACAUGGUCUUCAUGCCCCGCACCCGUGAGGAGCACGCCACUAAGGGCGGCAUGCUGUUGCACGAGAUGCACGAGCUGCUAGAGGACACGCCCAUCUACUCCGCCGCUCAGCUCAUCUCCCAGCAGCUGUUCGGAUGGCCGUACUACCUGAUCGCCAACGUCACUGGCCACAACUAUCAUUCGCGCCAGCCCGAAGGCAAAGGCAUUGGCCGCAAGAACGGUGACGGCAGCGUCAACCACUUCAACCCGAGCAGUCCCUUGUACGAGAAGAGGGACGAGCGUCUGAUUCUGCUUUCCGACCUUGGCCUGCUGCUCACCGGCACCGCGCUCUUCUUCGUUGGCAAGACAUAUGGCUUGUCCAACCUGCUGGUGUGGUAUAUUCUGCCAUAUCUCUGGGUUAACCACUGGCUCGUCGCAAUCACCUACCUCCAACACACCGACCCCUCCCUCCCCCACUACAAGCCCGAGACCUGGACCUUCGCCCGCGGCGCCGCAGCGACCAUCGACCGCGAAUUCGGCUUCAUCGGCCGCCAGCUCUUCCACGGCAUCAUCGAAACCCACGUCCUGCACCACUACGUCUCCGUCAUCCCCUUCUACCACGCCGACGAAGCCACCGAGGCCAUCAAGCCCAUCAUGGGCCAGCACUACCGCUCCGACACCACCGACGGACCCGUGGGCUUCAUCAAGGCCAUGUGGAAGAGUGUGCGGUGGUGCCAGUGGGUGGAGCCCAUGGAGGGCGCGAAAGGGGAGAAUGCGAAUGUGCUCUUUUUCCGCAACCGGAAUGGACUCGGUUUGCCGCCGGCGAAGCUUGCGGCGCCUGGCAAGCGGGGCAUGAUGGUUGAGGUGGAGGAUGAGAAGGAUGAGUGAGGCCCGGCUGUGGCUGUGGCUAUGGAUCUGCGAAACGACCUCCAGUCGACAGAUCGAUUUCUGAGCAUUGUUUUUAUUUUCCUUUGAUUCCUUUCGAUGCGAAACGUCUGCGUUUUGAGCGCGGCGCUAUUUCUUCUCAGCAAGAAAAGGAGGUGAGAUGAGGUCCACGGCUGGCAAAAAAGAGUCAUUAUCUUGAGCAAGGAAAGCGACGGAUAGAGGGCAAAGCGAUUCCCACGAUAGAUUAUGAUGGGCUGUGAGAGCCAAGAAUCGAUUUUUGUAUAUUUGGUUGGGCCUCGAGGCGGUCAAAUAGCUAGAGAGAGAGAGACAUUUUGAUGGGGACGGGAGGGAAGAAAUUAUCAAACAUCUGAUAGCAGCGUUCAAAACAUCGACUGAGAAUAACUU